GCUGUAUAAGAAACUUGGGUCAUCUCCUUCCCUCGUUCCCGAGCUUGAUAUCAAAAAUUCCUCCAUCAUCUCGUUUCCCAGUCUCUUAAACCUCUUGAAAGCGGAAGCAGAACAAGGCUACUAGGGUUUCCCAAUCCUUCGAAAGCUCUGAUUUUGGGUGAGCUUAGGAUCUCAAGCUCUAGGUUUAGGGCUACUAGGGUUUCGUUUCCCAAUCUCUUGGCUUCUUGAACCGUCUGGAUCUACUGAAAGUAGACUAUUUUGGGCUACCGAGGGAGAGGUUUAUGAGAAUUCCGAUAUGAAAGCUCAUAACUUUGUUUGAAUUUGGCUCGAGAAACUCAUUUAAAAAUCUUCACCAUUAGUUUCCUUCCCCCCCGGUCUCUGGAAGUUUUGAUUUUGGAUAACAUUUCGAGCUUUGGAGCUCAAAAGUUUAGGUUGGAAUUUGUGCUAUCGGGUCGGAUCUAAACAUUAUGUGACCCUCACGAAGAGGGCACCCGAUAAGAUGAUCCCCUGCGACUACUGCUCCGACUCAACCGCAGUGAUCUACUGCCGAGCUGACUCAGCACGCCUCUGCCUCUCCUGCGACCGGCACGUGCACUCCGCCAACGGCCUCUCCCUCAAGCACGUGCGCUCCGCCAUCUGCGCCAACUGCGGGUCCCAGCCCGCAACCCGCUCGCUACGAAACCGACGGCCGUCCUCUCUGCUCUCGACUGUGAUUUCGAUGCUCACGGAUGCGGGUCCGCGGUCGGAUAGUGGUUUCGGGGUCCAUGCCCGAUCCGCUAUCGAGGGUUUCACUGGCUGUCCGUCUGCGUGUCAGUUGGCUAGCGCCUGGGGAUUUGAUCUCGCAGCGAAAUCCAAGGUUGGGUUGAGAUCGGAAUUUGGGUCUGGAUCCGGAUCCGAUUGGUAUAAUUCUGACUCGUUUUUGGCUGUGGAUCCGGUAUUUCAGGACUUAUAUGUUCCUUGUGCUGAGAUCAAACCCCAGAAGACUAAUCCACUGCUGGAUCAGCUUAUUGAACUGGCAAGUCAAGAUUCUACAGAUCCCAUCAUAACAUCAGAUGGAACGAAUGAGUCCCUGGCGCCAUCAGAUUUGAGCCCAAGGACGCCAUGUCAUAGUACCAAUGUCGCAGGAACUCAAGGAGACGACCAUGAUCAUAUUCUGCAUCAGAUGCCAUUCACUUCCUUGCUUAAGGUCGUUGGAGAUGAAGAGCUGAUGUGGGAUUGUGUGCCCAAUGCUGCUCAAAAUGCUCAGAUAUGGGACUUUAAUCUUGGAAAAUCACGGGAUCAUAAUGCAUCAUCACAACUUGAAAUUGGAUAUGGGACAAACAAUGCUGGUUUUAUGAUCAAGAGCUACAAUGACCUUCUCAAGGAGAAUCCCUUUGAAACUACAAAUAUAUUGGAAGAUAUGUAUGACACUAAUUGCCCUUCUUCAAAUGAUGAUGUCUUGUCAACUAACAUCUGUCACAUGAAUUUGCAAAAUCAGGGAAAACUUAGCGUGUCUGGCAAAUGGAAUAGCAAUGGCAACAAUUCAAUAGCAAAUGGGUUAGCGCACUCUGGAAGCAAUGCACUUGCCAUCGUCCCCUCUAUUGGUUCUUCACAUGAAGCAGGACCCAUCAGCAACAUGAAAGAUAUUUCCUUUGGGGAGCAACCCAUAAUCGGAAAUGAGAUGUUGACAGUGAUGAAGAAGGUUGACAGUGAGCUAUUAGCUCAGAACCGAGGAAAUGCCAUGUUACGCUAUAGAGAGAAGAGGAAAAAUCGCAGGUAUGAGAAGCACAUUCGUUAUGAAUCGAGAAAGGCAAGAGCUGAUUCUAGGAAGCGGGUUAAGGGUCGUUUUGUUAAGUCUACGGAAGUCGAUGUUGAAAAUGUUGGCUGAAUCUGCUUCAGUUAAGCAAGCCAACACAAUUGGUGUAAAUAUAUUUUGACAAUAUCGGUUGUUUUAUUCUGUUUCUUUUCUUGAUGAUGUUGUUGUAUUUGUCAAUUUGAUCUGCUGUAAUUUGGAAUGAGAAGAAACUAGGGAUCUGUUUGUUUCUCGUAAACUGAAAUGACCGAUCUGUCUGAUGGUAGUUCACCUUCAGUGGUUUGAGGAUGUAAUAUGCAUAUUGACGCUGAUUUGUUCUGGCGGGUUGAAUGUAUUAGGGUUGUUCGAAAUA